CUUAGCUAAUCCAGCUACAAAAGAGGCCCAAGGAGGCGGGAGACAAGGUUGUUCGUGUACAGUGAACAGUAAUGAAGCUGGUUGCUUUGAUUUUGGCCGCGUUCGCCGUGUCUGCGUCUGCAGACUUCGCGAAAGAAGCCCUUCAAGUGCACAAUGAGUUGCGAGACACCCACAAUGCACCGCCGCUUCGCCUGAGUAGCGCGUUGAGCCGUGGCGCGCAAUCCUAUGCGCGCAAACUUGCGCAAAUGGGCUACUUGAAGCAUUCAGAUAAAAAAACUCGGCCAGGCAUCGGUGAAAAUCUGAUCUACAGGUGUUCAUCCGGCCCUGGCGAGGUUCUGCCUGCAGAGAAAGCCGUGACGGACUGGUAUGAUGAGAUCUGCAUGUACAACUUCAAACAACCUGGGUACUCUAGCCGUACCGGUCACUUCACCGCGCUGGUGUGGAAAGACACGAAGGAGCUUGGCAUCGGCACAGCCACCUCCAAGAAGGGUCGAAUGAAUUGUCUGUGGGUGGUGGCGCGCUAUAGAUCCGGUGGAAACUUCAACAGUAGAGAGUACUUUGAGAGGAACGUCCUGAAAGGGACCUUCCGAUCCAGUUACUGCAACAACAAAAGUGUCAUGGAUGAACCGGAAAAGAUGGAUGAAUAGAUAAGAGAAUUAGAAAUACUUGUAAAACGGGUAUAACAACUAAGACUUAGACCAAUUAAAGUAUGGGAUAAUGUA